UUAUGGGAUUCAAAGUGCGAAUCAGUGCCGAUAAUAUCCGUCGAGCCUCAACCUCGGGACAUUCAAGGCAAUGGAUAGAUUCAGUGCAGAUCCGACUGGCCAAAGGAACUGUUCGACUUUGUGACCGCUGAAAUCAAAAAAAGAAAUCAUAGCUAUGAAGUCGGAGGACGCGAAUGGUUCCGCCGAAAGUCAGUCGGACUUGGCUCUAAUCAACAUCCUAUCGCAACGAAAGCACACAAGGCUGCGACUGCCCUGGUACUACGCGCCAUCCUUCCUGCUCCUUUGGGUGGCCCUGUUCUAUGCGGUUGUGUAUCCUCUGUACCAUCGUCUGCCGGAUAGUGUCCUUAUCGCAGAUGAGACACGGAAGCCCGGUGAAUUUGUGGCCGAGAGGGCACAGAGACUGCUUUACAAGUACGAUCGUAUAGGUCCCAAAGUGGUGGGCAGCGUGGCGAAUGAGGUGACAACGGUGGCCUUUCUCUUGGAGGAAGUGGAAAAUAUUCGGUCAGCGAUGCGUAGUGAUCUCUAUGAGCUGGAAGUGAAUGUGCAACAGCCCUCGGGAGCGUAUAUGCACUGGCAAAUGGUGAACAUGUACCAGGGUGUUCAAAAUGUGGUCGUAAAAAUUAGCAACAAGAAAUCGAAUAGUUCUUCCUACCUCUUGGUCAACAGUCACUUUGAUUCCAAACCCAGUAGUCCUGGAUCCGGCGAUGAUGGCACAAUGGUGGUGGUUAUGCUGGAGGUCUUGCGUCAAAUUUCCAUCUCGGAUACAGCCUUUGAGCAUCCCAUAGUCUUUCUCUUUAAUGGAGCCGAGGAGAAUCCCCUGGAGGCCUCGCAUGGCUUUAUCACUGCCCACGAAUGGGCGAAGAACUGCAAAGCUCUUAUAAAUCUAGAGGUGGCUGGCAGUGGAGGACGUGAUUUGCUAUUCCAGAGUGGACCAAAUAAUCCCUGGCUCAUAAAGUAUUACUAUCAAAAUGCCGAGCAUCCGUUUGCCACCACAAUGGCCGAGGAGAUAUUCCAGUCUGGCAUUCUGCCUUCAGAUACGGACUUUCGCAUCUUUCGGGACUACGGCCAGCUGCCGGGUCUUGAUAUAGCUCAAAUCAGCAAUGGCUAUGUGUACCACACCAUUUUCGAUAAUGUCCAGAAUGUGCCCAUAGGCUCCCUUCAAAAUACGGGUGAAAAUGCUUUAUCUCUGGUGCGGGCUUUUGCCAAUGCCAGUGAAAUGUACAAUCCAGAGGAUCACAGCGAAGGACAUGCAGUGUUUUUCGAUUUUCUGGGACUAUUCUUCGUGUACUAUACCGAGACCACUGGCAUUAUCCUGAACUGCUGCAUCGCAGUGAUCAGCUUGGUUUUGGUGGGCUGUUCCCUGCUCAGAAUGGCCCGCGAAUCGGAGGCGUCUCUGUGCCAAGUCUCGAUAUGGUUCUCUAUCAUCCUGGGACUUCAUGUUCUGGGAAUGAUUCUUAGUUUGGGACUGCCACUGCUGAUGGCCGUUCUCUACGAUGCCGGCAAUCGUUCCAUGACGUAUUUUAGCAAUCACUGGUUAGUGAUUGGCCUGUUCGUCAUUCCUGCGAUUAUUGGACAGGUUCUGCCACUGACCCUCUACUAUACACUGAAACCCAAUGACAAGAUCAGCCAUCCCAAUCAUCUACACAUGAGCCUCCACGCUCACUGCGUUCUGCUGGCCAUAAUUGCCAUAAUCCUGACUUCUGUAAGCCUUAGGACUCCCUAUCUGUGCAUGAUGUCCUUGCUCUUUUACUCGGCAGCUUUGCUGAUUAACCUAUUGAGUACGCUGCACGAUCGCGGCUACUUCUGGGUACUGAUGGUGCAGAUCCUUCAACUGAUGCCGUUCCUUUAUUUUAGCUACCUCUUCUACACCUUCCUUCUGGUAUUCUUUCCCAUGCUGGGACGCUUUGGCCACGGCACUAAUCCAGAUCUUUUAGUUGCCCUGCUGUGCGCUAUGGGUUGCUUCUUUGCCCUGGGAUUUGUGGCUCCCCUGAUAAACAUGUUCCGCUGGCCCAAAUUGGCUUUGCUCGGAUUGGGGGUUGUUACCUUUAUAUUCUGCAUGAUCUCGGUCUCCGAUGUGGGCUUUCCCUAUCGCGCUAAGACCAGCGUAAUGCGGAUUCACUUUCUGCAUGUGCGUCGCAUCUUCUAUGAGUACGAUGGCUCGGUGAGUCUGAGCGAUUCGGGUUACUACUUUGACUUCCAGGAUCGUCGGCUCUACCGUCCCCUGGAGGACACCAAUUUGAAUCUGACUGGCCUAGUCAGCACAUCUUCAGACUGCGAUAAGUACUUGAUGUGUGGUGUCCCCUGCUUUAAUCACCGUUGGUGCAAGACUCGGAGCUCCAGUCACUGGCUGCCGCGUGAGCAGGAAGUGGCUAUACCAGGAGCCACUUCACUGAGGCUACUUAGCAAGACCCUGCUGGAGACGCCCAAGCUGGCACGCUUUGAAUUCGAGAUCUCGGGUCCACCGCACAUGAGCUUGUAUAUUCAGCCCAUGGAAGGAGUUGAGGUGGAUGACUGGUCCUUCAUUCGGAAUAUGUUGGAUGAGCCUGAGACCUACUCGGCGCCUUAUCAAAUAUUCUUUGCCUAUGGAAAGGAUAACUCUCCUUUGAAGUUUCACAUAGAUUUUAAGAAAUCUUCUGGAGACUUCAACACUCCCACGUUCCAGCUCGGAUUCGCUGCCAGCUUUGUGAGCUACGAUUACGAAAGGGAUGCAGCUGGAUUGAAGUUUAUAUCCGAUUUUCCCGACUUUGCUCACGUCAUGGAAUGGCCGACGUUAUAUGAACGUUAUAUAUUUUAGGUAUACUUUCUUAUGGUGGUUCUCAUUUUAGUUACUUUAUUUGUUGCCAUACGAAUUAAUUAAUCAAGUGUGUAAGUACUGCCUGUGGAGCGAUUAGAGAUCGGCGAUUAGAUCCCGAACUGACCUGCAAGCGGAUUUGAAACUGUAAAUUAAAUCUGCGCUAUCACAGACUAA